CCAUUCAUCCUUCAAUCAAAGCCUUCAAGCGAUCGAAUACACGACCAGCACGACCAGCGCAGGCCUAAUGGGGAAAGACGUUGAAGUUGCAGAGCAAAGAGAGACGACGCCGAAAGACUACCAGGACCCCCCUCCGGCGCCGUUGAUCGAUGUGGAGGAGCUCACCAAGUGGUCAUUAUACAGAGCCGUCAUAGCGGAGUUCAUAGCAACCCUUCUCUUCCUAUACAUAACGGUGCUGACCAUUAUCGGGUACAGCAACCAGACUUCCGGCGACACCCCUGAGGCCCAGUGUGGAGGAGUUGGCAUACUUGGUAUCGCCUGGGCCUUCGGUGGCAUGAUCUUCAUCCUCGUUUACUGCACCGCCGGUAUCUCUGGGGGGCACAUAAACCCGGCGGUGACGUUCGGGUUGUUCGUGGGAAGAAAGGUGUCGCUGAUAAGGGCGGUGCUUUAUAUCUUGGCACAAAUGGCGGGUGCUAUCUGCGGUACUGGACUGGCCAAGGCCUUCCAGAAAGCUUACUACAACAGGUAUGGAGGAGGAGCCAAUUUCGUACACGAUGGUUACAGCACCGGUACGGCCUUGGGCGCUGAGAUCAUUGGCACCUUCGUUCUCGUUUACACUGUCUUCUCCGCCACCGAUCCCAAGAGGAGCGCCAGAGACUCCCAUGUUCCUGUCUUGGCGCCACUACCCAUUGGAUUCGCUGUGUUCAUGGUUCACUUGGCCACCAUCCCAGUUACCGGUACCGGCAUUAACCCUGCAAGGAGUUUUGGCGCUGCUGUUAUCUACAACAAUGACCAGAUCUGGGAUGAUCAUUGGAUAUUCUGGGUUGGACCAAUAAUUGGAGCCGCGGCAGCUGCGAUCUAUCACCAGCACAUUCUGAGAGCUACUGCCAUUAAGGCUCUUGGCUCUUUCAGGAGCAACGCUUAAUUAAGCCAACCAAUAAGACUAUGGUGUUUCCCUGUAAACAACAGUGACAAUUUGAUCAUUUGGAGGGAGAAACGAAAAAGUUCAUGUGUUUCUGCGAGCCUCUUCUGGGUUUCGUUUCUUUUUCUUUCAUGCUUUAGAGGAAACAGCCAAAAGCCAAUUGUAGAUAAACAUGUCAAGGGUGUAUUUUGGAUCCCUCUUGCUUGCGUUUUCAGUUUGGGUUUUCUAAAGGUUUUGUUGUGAAUUUUCAAUGUGAAAUUGGGUGCGGAAAUAAUUAUAAAAUAUGGGGCCAAAUACAAUAUUUCAAGUGCGUUCAUGAACCCCGUAUUUUUAUACUUGUCCUUCUCUAAUUUUGACAGAGAAAUUUAUGAUCAAGAAUUUUAUAAGAAUCAGACGGUUAUCUUUUUCCUAUA